AUGCCUCCUGGAGCUGAAAUUGAUACAUUGCUAUCCCAAGUCGUCCUGAGAGGAUUGGGAGACAAGCUCUAUGAUAAGCGCAAGGCAGCUGCUUUGGAAGUAGAGCAGCUGGUCAAGACGUUAGCCAAGGAGGGGAAUUGGGCAUCAGUGGUGCAAAUUCUGGACCACCUCAUAGAAGACUAUGCAUACUCCCCGCAAGCAAACUGCAGGAAGGGUGGUCUGCUGGCACUGGCAGCUGCUGCUGUUGCUCUGGCCGAAAGAAAGCAGGAAUGGGCUGGCCCGGACUACUUGGCUGUCGUGGUGCCGCCAGUGCUGAAUUCUUUGGUGGAUGCCGACGCUCGUGUGCGGUAUUACGCCUGCGAGGCGCUUUACAACAUCGCCAAGGUGUCCAGGGACGACUUCCUGGAGCCGCACUUCAACUGCACCUUUGAUGCCCUCUUCCGGCUGGUGGCGGACCCAGACCCGGCCGUGAACCAGGCCACCACCUUCCUGGACGCCCUCAUGAAGGACAUUGUGACUGCGCACGAGCACUUCAACAUGGACGAGUUUGUGGGGCAGUUCCAGACGGCGCUGAAGGUGACAGCGCCUCGCAAGCGCGCGUUCCUGCUGUCCUGGAUGCAGGUGCUGGCCAGCGUGCCCGACCUGGACAUGCUGGCGCACCUGCCCCUCUUCCUGGGCUCCCUCCUGGACUGCCUCUGCGACCCCUUUGGCGAAGUCAGGGCCCAGGCAACCAAGGUCUUGCAGGAUCUGCUCAUGGAGGUCCAGUCAGCGAGCACGCAGAAUCUGGACUACCAGGCGCUGGCGACUGUGCUGGUGGACGCGGCAAAGAGUGGAGACGAUGCCAUUAGAUUGACAGCGCUACGGUGGCUCCGCUCCUUUGUGGUGGACGCCAAAGCUGAGCUGCUGCCGCUCUAUGCAAUCAUCCUGCAGGCCAUCCUGCCGGCUCUGUCAUCCAGCACCCCUGAAAUCCAGCAGGUUGCACGAGAAGCCAACGCUGAACUGCUAGACCUCCCAGCUGGCUGGGAGGCGGCGGACCCCGCAGCGCUGCUGGCUGCAGUGGCCAACGAGCUGCACAGCCUGCAGGAGCCCACCCGCAUGGCUGCUCUGCUCUGGCUGAACACCCUGCUGUCCAAGUCACGCCGCACAGUGCUGGAGCAUUUGGACGUGCUGCUGCCGUCGCUGUUUGAUGCGCUGCACGCGCCGUCGGAGCGGGUGGUGGUCGAGGCGCUGUCUGUGCAGGCCGCCAUCGCUGCCGACGAUCCGCAGCAGUUCCGCACCCUCAUGAAGGAGCUCCUGGACCGGUUCCGGGGCCCGAGUGGGGCGCGGCUGCUGCAGCGGCGGGGCAGCCUGGUGGUGCGGCGGCUGGCGACGCGGCUGGGCGGCCGCGCGGUGCUGAGCAUGCUGAGCAGCAUCCUGGAGGAGGAGCGCGACCUGCCCUUCGCGGCCGCCCUCGUCCAGGCCCUCAACCUCAUCCUCCUCACCGCCCCGGAGCUGAAGGAUCUGCGGAUGUCGCUCCGGAGUGCGGGUCGCUCCAAGGAGGGCGCGCAGCUGUUCACCACGCUCUACCGCUCCUGGUGCCAUAGCCUGGGCGCCGUGCUGUCCCUGUGCUUCCUCAGCGAGGCGUACGGGCACGCGUAUGAGCUGGCGUCCUGCUUUGCGGAGCUGCCCAUGGGAGUGGAGGUGCUGGUGCAGAUCGACCGCCUUGUGCAGCUGCUCGAGACUCCCGUAUUCAACUUCCUGCGGCUCCAUCUGUUGCAUCCAGCACGCUACCCCGCCCUUCUCUGGAGCAUGUACGCGCUGCUCAUGCUGCUGCCGCAGAGCGAGGCAUUUAAGACACUGCAUGCGCGGCUGCACUCGGUGCCCACCGUCACACUGCUCAAAAUGGAUGGCCAGCCCCCAGCCCAAGGGCUCAGCCCCAAGGAGGCAGCCCCCCGCCGCAGCCAGGACUUCCCUACAGAUCACAGGCCCAAGGACGACAUGAACGGCGUCUGGAAGCAGAUAUCCUCGGGCAGCACUGCAAGCUCCAAUUCGAGCAGCGCUGGCGGCGCGGAGAUACCCUUUGGCGAGCUGCUGGCCCUCUUCCGCAGGCGACAGCUGGCACACGCCCAGCACGAAGAGCAGCGCCGCAGCAGCGCAUUCGAAGCUGAGCCGGAGGAUACUCUUCUACGCACGCUGGUGGGCCUGUCAGCGGUCAACUUGGAGCCUGCAGACGGCACACUGUCAGCCACUCGACGGACAAUGUCUGAUACAAAUGCGCUUGCUCUGUGAGCUGCGACGCAGAGACUGCAUGCUUGUAUCUUCAAUUUUGAGUGUUUCGUUCGAGUCCUUCUCUGGCUUUAUUACCUGCUGUUCAAGAUUGAGAAUAUGGGUGCAGAAGGUUUGUGUACAACGAAUGCCUUUUGGAUAAUGGACGAUGAGCAAUUGUGCAAGAAUCUUGAAGUGAGCAAACACAUUUAAUGCUGCUGUUCACUCUAAAUGAGAGAUUAAUGCUGGCUGGC